AUGUCCUCUUCCAUCACAACCACACCAAGCUCACCAUCACCGAAUCCCUCUUCCAUUACCCACAACAAUCAUGCGUUUUUUGAUGAUACAACACCCUCUGCUUUAGGUUUCUGGUCCAAUGUCUCCCCGACACCAGGUGGACCUCUCUCAUCAAGUCAUCACAGCUCGGGUGGAAGUAGCAAUGGAAUAGGAGCCUUGAACUCGAAUCAAUCCUCUCCUCAAGUAUUCUCCAUACCUCCACUCAAUUCAUCGGGUACAAUUACAACGAGUGCUCUCCCUUUUACCUCACCCACACCAGGUGGUUUGUUUGAUGUUCCCAGCAAUAACACACCGAGUGCAGAUGAAGCUCACGCAUCCUCUACUUCGUUAUCAUCCUCUUCAUCUUCACCAUCCGCACUGAAACAUGAACAUCAUGGCUCAUCGUCAUUGUUAGGUCAUUCUGGCGUUACACCAACUCCUCUCUCGAUUGGAGCUUUUACCUCCAUCUAUGAUGCUCCCAAUCCACCACAGCCACCACCGCAACCAGUCCAGAGUAAACCAUCAUCGUCAUCUCACCAUCAUCCAACCUCCUUGAAUCCAAACAACAACAACAACUCGAAUUCCAACCAUCACGGAAGUAAUAGUGGAGUGAAUAGCCAUCCACUAACUGCAUCAAGACCAAUCACUGUUGCUGGUUUGAGUGCCUUUACCAAUAAUCCUCCAUCUCAGCCUCCUUCUUCUGGAGCAACAACGGCACAUAAUCAGGCACCUUCAACUGAGGAAUCUCCUUCUUUAGGUAUUUUCACACCAUCCAUACUGAAUCAGGUCAAUUUGGACGCAACUCCACAACAUGGAGAUUUGGCUGACAACUCUGCCCAGUUACAUCAUCAACAACAGGCUGCUCAGCAUCAUAUGCAAAUGAUGCAUGCUCAACAACAAGGCAUGAUGGCUGCUCAUCACAAUCCACUCUCUGCUUUCAAUUUUGGCAACAAGAUACCUUCAGCUCACAUGAUGCCACAACAAAUACCAAGUGCUAACUUGACUUUUAAUGUCAACAAUGCAGCAACCUAUAUUCCAAUACCCAUGAAUUAUGGAAUGGCAUCGUAUGUGGAUCCAAAUGGAGUUGCAAAUUCUAGCUCUCCUUCUCCUUCCUCCCCUGUUGGUGAAAGCUUACCUUCUGGCGUUCUCAUGUCAGUCGUCAGAGGAUUCAAUGUUGACGAUGGUGUUCCUGAGGAGCACGGUGGUAAAGAUAACAAGAAAACGCUCACCACUCAUGUUGUUCGUGUAAGGGUUGCAGAUUUAAUGAACGCUCAUCCUCUACCAUCAGGCUAUAAAUACAUGAUUAACGCAGUCUUAUUGGGAUAUAAGCGAUAUGAAAAAGAGGAGAUCUCAUCACUCGAAAGCCAAGAAAUUGCUUUGAAAAGUCAAUCGGAAGAAGAUUUUACCUUUGACAAUAUGGUUGUCAAACAUACUAGUCACAGCAAUGGCCAAAAACUGUUCCUACGAUUCAAAUUGGUCAUGUGUAACGACAGGGACGAAAAGGUAUUGGAGCAACUUGACACAACAUACUUUAAGACUGUCACAAAGAGAGCCAUCAUAAAACGGCAAAACACAAAGAAGAUUGAUGAACAAAAGAAGAAGGUUACCAAACUUCUUCAAGUAGAACCAAAAUACAGCGUCACUACAGGUGGACAACUUAUCAAAAUUGUCACUGAUAACAUGCCAGAAAAAGUUCGAUUACAAACCCUAAUUGUGAAAUUUGGAGAGAAGAAGGCACGAAGAGUUCACUCAGCAAGAGACAACAUGAUUAUUUGUGAAACUCCAGAGUAUCAAAAGGCUGAGGGAGUUCCAAUUUCAAUCUCCAUGGACAAUGGUGUUUCGUUCUUCCAUGCACCUAAUGUGAAAAUGACAUUUAUUGAUCCUGCCACAGAUACAUUACCAGAAGUGACGCCUCAUAGUAAGACGUUUGUGGUGAAUUUUGCAACGGCAGGCGGUGGAAAGCAUGCCAAUAGUAGCAACGACGAAGAUGAAGACUUGGAUCCUAAAAAGAAAAAGUCUAAGAAGUGA